AUGAAUCGAAGAGCGUCACACGCGGGUGUGCCGUCGUACCGGCACGGCUACACCUCGCCCUCCGGCAUAAAGGUACAGUACAGCAAAGACUGGGUGAAGUAUCACCCGCUCGAGGGCGACGGGCUGCGGCCGCUGCUCUACAUGCACCUCUGGAAGAAAGACAAGGGCAGCGAGAGCAGACUAAAGAAUGUGCGCCUUCCAGACACCGUUGUGUAUGAGCACGACUUCCCGCGCGCCUGGUACACGUACGACAGCGAGGCGAAGGAGAUCAACAAACACCCAGGCAAGAUGCUAGACGCGCAGUCCAUAUACCAAUACUUUAGCCAAACCACGCCGGGGUGCGACGUGGUGGCGCAGUUCCUCACCACCUGUGCACCGGAGGAUUCUGCGGCCGCUACUGACGAGGACCUCCUCACAUACGUGGUGUACUUCACAGCGGAUGCCCUCCGGGAGUUUUUAUUUGGACAGAAGCGAAAGCCCGACGGUAUCCUGCAGAAGUUUGUGCUUCCCAAGGGCGAGACGACGACGCGGAGGAAUGCACAGCUGCAGGUCCUGUGGUCACCGCUCGUGACGGUGGUCUACAAGCGGACAAACAAACACAGACUGGACGAACUGCACGUGCCCGCCCACCUGCGCGCCGCCACCUUUGAUGGUGACUGCCACCUGAGCGAGUUGUCACUCGUUGCAGAUGAGUCGAAGGGUCGCCUGGACCGCCUUUGUCGCGAGGUGGUUGACCACGUCUACUUCACCGACCGUAAGCUCAUCACCCGCAUGGUGAUGAACUUCAAGGUCGACGACAAUAAUCGGGCGUGGCUGCUGUGGUGCAGCUCCCUCCGCGUUUCCGGUGACAGUCUUAACCCACGCAACGUGCAAGUGCCGGUGGUCCUCUCGAUGCGGAUGGAAUUGCUGAACGAUGGCUCGUCGACGAAGGACCGUCUAUUGAAGCGGCGUGAGCGGCAGCAGCGACUACUUGUGAUGGAUACCGAACUCUUCGAACUCUCACGAGACUACGAUUUUGGCCACCGCUGCAAUGCCUCACACGUGCGUGAGGCACGACGCCUUUUCCUCGCGCCGCCACGCGACGCACCGGCGACGAACACACCGCGACAGGGCCCGGCGCACCCGCUGCACGACGCGGUGCGGUAUUUGACGGCCACGCGGGCG